AUGACGAAGACGCGCGGCCGCGCCACGGAAACGAUGGACAAGACCAGUGGCAACAUGACCAAGUGGAUGGAGAUGGAGGCCCGUAUCGAAGAGAAUGUCAAGGCUGCCGACAACAUAGUGACGCUGGAUGUGGGCGGUACGAUCUUCAAGACGUCGAAAGACACGCUGUUGAGUGUAGAGGGCAGCUAUUUUCACGCGCUGCUCGGGUCUGGUCUGUGGGAACCGACCAGCACAGGUUCCUACUUUCUCGACCUGGACCCACACCUCUUUCGCCGUGUUUUUGUGUAUUUGCGCACGGGCAAGCUAUCGUGGAAUCGCUUGUCGUACGUCGAGCUCAAAGAACUGAACGCGAUGAUGGACUACUUGAAGCUGAGCGACAGGGGCGCCCCCACGCACCCCCUUCGAUGGAAUGCUGAUGUCCGCGCACCGGGCAUUGCCGUGUCGACAGAUCUGCGAACAAUUGAGCGUUUGGCGUCGCAAGUUGAAGGUUGGUGCAUUGCCGAUCGAGAGCUCACGGAUUGCUUGCGCCUUCGCGUGGAUGCUGCGCCCGGCCUAGUUGCCAUCGCCCUGGGCUCGACGGCGCAUGUUGAUAUGCGGACAUGGUCCCCGACAAGCCAAAGCAUGUGCUGCUUCUUGACAAGCGGUGAAUUUUACGUCCGCGGCGUCGCGAUCCCGACGACACUGUCCAAAGUCCUUGCCAGCGCCAUCGUGACCGUGCGUCGCGGUCUGUCCCAUGUUGAGUUUGCCGUGAACAACGGUCAGCCGUUCAAUGUGGCCCUGGACGAUCCGUUUGAGGAUUUGUGUCCAAUGGUCACGUUGAAAAAUGCGGGAUGCGUUUUGACAAUUCUCGAUUAG